GUGAUUUAGCGGCGCCAGUCUGAAGCAGGUGUCCAACAUGGCGAUCUCGGUUAGCGGAUCUCUCUCUAUUCCUCUCGCUGUAUUGAUGUUUUUGGCAGCGUUUGGGUUGAAAGGAGCAGCUCAGAUCGUGCCAGUCCAAGGGCAGAACUUGGUGACGGACAACGUGUCGGUGGUGGAGGGGGAGACGGCCACCAUCAGCUGCAGAGUGAAGAACAACGACGACUCCGUCAUUCAGCUGCUUAACCCCAACAGACAGACCAUCUACUUCAGAGACGUCAGACCUCUGAAAGACAGUCGCUUCCAGCUUGUUAACUUCUCAGACAACGAGCUGCGCGUGUCUCUGUCCAACGUGUCGCUGUCGGACGAGGGCCGCUACGUAUGCCAGCUCUACACAGACCCCCCACAGGAGGCCUACGCAGACAUCACUGUACUGGUCCCUCCAGGAAACCCGAUCAUAGAAUCCCGCGAGGAGGUGGUCAGCGAGGGCAACGAGACGGAGAUCAGCUGUACCGCCAUGGGCAGCAAACCCGCCGCCUCCAUCACUUGGAUAAAGGGUGACCAGGAGCUGCAAGGUGAGUCGACGGUGGAGGAGACGUACGACCGCAUGUUCACCGUCACCAGCCGCCUCACACUGACCGUCUCCAAGGAGGACGACGGCAUGCCAGUCAUCUGCGUCAUCAACCACCCAGCCGUGAAGGACUUCCAGGCCCAGAAGUACCUGGAGGUGCAGUAUAAACCUGAGGUGAAGAUUGUGGUGGGCUACCCCGAGGGGCUAACUAGGGAGGGGGAGAAUCUGGAGCUGACCUGCAAGGCCAAAGGCAAACCUCAGCCCCACCGCAUUACCUGGUUUAAGGUGGACGAUGACGUGCCCUCGCACGCCGUUAUCACCGGCUCUGACCUCUUCAUCGAGAACCUCAACAAAUCCUACAACGGCACGUACCGCUGUGUGGCCUCCAAUCUGGUGGGAGAAGCCUUCGACGACUACAUCCUCUAUGUCUACGAUGCUCUCACUUCAACCCCCACACCCUCCACUACUACCAUCAUCUCUGACAACUCGCAAGAUUCCCGGGCUGGGGUGGGAUCUCCACAGAAGAUCGACCACGCCGUGAUUGGAGGUGUGGUGGCUGUGGUGGUCUUCAUCAUGCUCUGCCUCCUCAUCAUCUUGGGACGCUACUUUGCCAGACAUAAAGGCACUUAUUUCACACAUGAAGCCAAAGGCGCGGAUGACGCAGCAGACGCCGACACGGCCAUCAUCAACGCUGAGGGCGGCCAUAGCAACUCCGACAACAAGAAGGAGUACUACAUCUAACCAGCUGGGGGCGUUGUGGCCCGCACUGGACUGCGAGUCUUUCUGGGGGUGG